GCACCGAUGCCGGAACUGACGUGUGAUCUACUUCCGGCUGCCUGAUCCCACCGGAAGACGCUGUUGGCAGCACUCGCUGCUGGCUAUGUUCUGUUAAUAUUCUAAAGGUGGUGUUAUUCCAGUUCUUUUGUAAACAUCGGCCGGUGCGCGUCGAAGGGACUGUAGUGUGGGGAUGGAGCCCAAGCCCUCAAGGAAACCCACAAGAUUGUCUCUUGAAGGACACAACUCUUUAUCUGCGCCUUCAUCAGGAACAAAAAAGUUCUACGAGAGUAGAUCAAAUGGCCUGAGUGACUUUUGUGCAACAAGAGAAACUCCAAAUAAAAUGGAAAAUGAAAUUCAGUUCUCCACAUCUGAUGGUUGCCAUUUGUCUACACCUUUUCAAUCGACUUUAUAUAAUGAAACAGAGAGACUUCCAGGAGCAUCUUCAAGAUUCUUAACCUCCCAGAACGGUGAUUCCAAGAGGCCUAAACUUGUGUCAACUGGUUCUCCUAGAAAUGGUGCUGAUUGUGAGAGCAACAAUUCAGAUUCGAUGUGGAGGUGCUCUCAGUUCCCAAGAUCAUCAGCCAUGCAAUUCAGUUCAACAUCUAGAGGUGAAACUAUCCUCCGCGAAGGAAUCGAGAUGGAAAGGAGAACAGAGUCCAGUCGUGAAGAAGAUGUUGAAAAUAGAGUUUUAUCCUAUGCACAAGGUGCAAGGCCAAGACAUCCAUUGCUUGGAUCUUUGAGACGUACCACGUCAAGUCUAAGUCAAGUACUCUCUUCUCCUUCGGAGAGCCGAUCUGUAUUCUCGAGAGACUCUAGCAGAAGUUCUUCCACGUCCUCUAAUAAUAGCACUGCCUUUUCAAACAUUGAGGUGAUACCACAAAGAAGUACAGAAUGUGGUUUCAUUCUUAGUAGAACAGGAUCUGGAGCUUCAGAAGCAAUAACCUCACAAAGGAGAAAUAUGUCUGUGUUGCAACCAAGACCACCAAAUGACUUUGCAUCAGAAUCUAGCAGCAGGUGUAGACCUAGACAGCUGUUGUCCCGUCUAGCAUCCAGUAUGUCUUCAACUUUCUCUAGCAACCGAAGACCCAACCAAGGGCAUCCAAAUGGAAGGUCUUUUGAAACAACACAUUCCAUUGGGCAUUCAGCCAACAUAUCAUUAGGUGGAAGACCAGAAAAUUUCACACAGGCUAAUAGCUCUGGCAGACAUGAAGCUGCUAAUUUUUCAAAUAAUCGAUCCUCUGAAUCUUCUCAAGGAUUUGGAUUUUUAAGGUGGAGGAGACCAGGACCAUCAAACAUUUCACAGUCUCAAAAUGCUAAUGAUGGUGUUGAAAAUUUACCAAACUUGAGGCAAGAUUAUUCUGAAAAUAGAAAUACUGCUUCAUGGUUAUCAUCUUCAUUACGAAACAGAUGCACCCCUCUCUUCAACAGAAGGAGAAGAGAAGGAAGAGAUGAAACUGCAAGAAUGGCUGCCACACCUAGUAAUACAAUAAAUGAAGCCAGAGUAGACCAGCGUUCAGUCCUCCAAAGAGAAUUUGGAACAUUUGAAAACUCGAACAGGGAACAACCAAAUGUUACCCAGGGUGCUACAGCAGCUUCUUCAGGGGCUUUGAGCUCGACUUUCUGCACUCCAUCAUCUGUACCGGAGAGUCCUCGAGGUCGAAGUACUUCAGGAAUUGCGGGAAUAUUCCCUAAUUCAGUCAUUCGCCUUUCUAUGCCAUAUGGCCUUGGAGAUGAAUUCUCUGAUAAUAUACUAAUAGCAGUUGACUUCGCAAACCAUGUUGAUACUCAUCAAGAGAAACAGAAAACUGAAAGUGCAUCUAGGGAUCCAGAAAAACUCAGAAAAAUACAGGAAAGCUUACUUUUAGAGGAUUCUGAUGAUGACGAAGGUGAUAUCUGCCGUAUAUGCCAAAUGGGAGCUGGAGCUACAAUACCUCCAAAUCCUUUAAUACAGCCAUGCAAUUGCACUGGUAGCUUGCAGCAUGUUCAUCAGGAAUGCAUGAAGAAAUGGCUGCAAUCAAAAAUAAACUCAGGUGCUGAUUUGACUGCUGUAACCACCUGUGAAUUGUGUAAAGAGAAGCUGCAGCUGGAUUUUGAAGAUUUUGAUGUUCAUGAAUUGUAUAGAACACAUGCAGAUGAACAGGCACAGUAUGAAUUCAUCAGUUCUGGUCUCUACCUUGUUCUGUUACUUCAUCUGUGUGAACAGAGAUUUUCUGAUAUGAUGGGUGGUGCAAGUGAAUCACGGACUAGACUUCGGUUCAUCCAUCUGGCAAGAACCCUUCAGCAGCACAUACAAGAUCUUGAAACCACUUGCAGCAAUACUAAUUAAACAAAGAAAUUGAGAGUGGGCUAACAUUUUAUCAGAAACGGAAGUGGACCAGCUGUAUAACAACUGGGCAACAAGACCAGAGCAGAUCAGAAACAAAGAAUUCUGCAACAACUAACUUAGGUCCUGAUUCCCCAAAGCCCAGCAAGGCACAGUUCAGAAAAAUGAUGGAAUACUGUCCACUUGCCUGGAUGAGUAAAGCUCCAACAACACUCGAAUUUCAACACCAUCCAGGAGAAAACAGCCCACUUGAUUAGCACCUGCAUCUAACACCUCAAACAUGCAUUCUGUACACCGCUGACACUCAGUGGCAGGAGUAUGGACCAUCUAGAAGAUUCACUGCGGCAACUCACCAAAAAUCCUUCAACAGUACCUUCCAAAUCCAUGAUCUCAACCGCCUAGAAGGACAAUGAUGCUGCCAGUGUAGGAACACCACUUCAUGCAUUUGGGAAUGGGCGAGAUCCCUAUCUAAUAAAAGAAUAGCU